AGCUCAAGUCCUUUUUCUGUUCAGGCCUUGACUGCGGCCCCGCAUGGGCCGAAGAGAUGGCGCCCGCGAGAAGAGAGCCCGAUCAGACGAUGGCGUUGCUGAACCAGAGGCAGCUCUUCGAGGCGGUGACCAACACGUGCCCGGAUGUUCUGACCAGGAGCGUCUACCAGCCCAUGCAGCUAGCGCAGCCCUUGUUCAAGAUGCCGCUGCAGGAGAAGCGAGAGCUGUUCGUCGCUGCUCUCCGCGGCAUGCUCAAGGACAUCGGCGACGGGAGGUCCCCCGCCGAGGUGGCCUACGCAACAGACGAGUCGGGGAGGCUCUUCUCGUUUGGCCUGCAGCCGAUGUGGGAGGUGCGCGAGGACAAGGGGCAGUCGCGUCUCGUUGGCUUGGAGAGCCUCCUGGCGCUGCACACGGCCUCCUGGGGCGUCGGCAUCGUGGUGGACGUGCUCGACGACCUGCUCGACACCGACAUCGACCUUUACCUGCAGUUCAAGGGGCUGGAGGUCCAGGCGGCCCUGGACUCCCUGGAGACCUUCCCGAGCUUGCCGCCGAUUAGCGUGAACGUGCGUCCGUCCGAGUGGCUCCUGCCAGAGGUCCAGAGCCUGGUGCUCGACGCCACCCGCCGCGCGCCGGGGCGGAUCGUCUUCGAGCUGACGGAGUACACCCAGGACCUGCACUUCAAGAGGCUGUUCGGCGAGCAGGGCUCGCUCUCGCAGCGCCUGACGAGGACGCUGCUGCCCGUGCUGCGGCGCAUGCGGGAGGCGGGCGUGAAACUGCUGGCGGACGAUCUGCUGCCCUUCAGCGUGUACUGCUUCGACGGGGAGGCGUCGUGCAGGAAGGGCCACCGCCUCAUAGACCACCACGCAACCGAGAGCAGCAUGAUGCUCUCGAGCGAGUGGUCCGCGGUGUUCCACGGCGUGAAGAUUAGCCUCGAUUGGGUCAUCCACGCGAUGUCCCUCGGGAAGCAGACGGGGGCCGCGUUCGCGUCCGUACCCAUCUACGCCAAAAACAUCAAGGACAACCCUGGGCACGUGGCGGCCGUGACCGGCAAGCCCGUGUCGGACGAGGGCGUGGAGACGUCCUCUGCCCUCCGCGACCUCCAGAAGGCCGCCAGGGUAGAGCUGCAGGCCGCCCUGCAGGAGGUCCGGCGGCACCGCUUCGACAUCCUGCCGGUCCUCGAAGCGACGUUGCUGCCCGCCCACAUCGCCGAGUGGGGCCUGGAGGGCGCCGCGAAAGAGCAGGGGGGCAUGUUCUUCGAGGCCCGCUUCCCGCCCGCGUGGUUCUUCGGCCAGAUCCUGUCUCCGCCCCUCGCGCAGCGCCCCAAGGCCUCGUCCCCCAAGAAGGGCCUCCCUUCCACGUGCACCGAGGGCUGAGGCCCUGCGCGCGGCGUGGGUGCCCCUGCUCGCCCGCACGUGGGACUUGGGAGGGCACGGGGGAGGAGAAGGUUCAGGAGGGAACGGAACGCACAUUUUUACGUUUACGGCAUUGUUUAUUUCUUUGCUUUCACCCUGUGCAGUGUGGUGUGAUCAUCAGUCGGUGGACGUGCGGCACGGUCGCAGUCAGAGUGCGGCCUCACAGCAACCCGCGGCCAGCACACUGGCCGAGUUGGGUUGCGGCAGGCCACUUGUGGCUGCGAGUCGGCCGCAUCGGUGCGCAUUGUGAGAGGUGCCUACCUAGACUAGACACGCUUCUGAGUUCUACAGGUCUGAACCUACUUGUAAUCGUGCGUGAUCAGAGGAGGAGAUCCGCUUGCAACGACGGACUUACAGGACCCGCUGGAUUUACAGAUUCUGCAGCUGACAUUGCGUUCGGCACGCCUGUUCAGCGCCCAGCCCUUGAUGUGAUUCAUCAACCUACGGUUGGACCGAGGUAUAAGAUAUAAGCUGGAUAUAUACGCCUGUGUGUUUUGGCCGACGGAGGGUCUCAUGUUCUUGAGGGGUGCUCUUCUGGCUUGGGCCCCACUGUACACGUGUUGCUCUCCCUCAGGCUAUUCGCCCCCGUCGUCGCCCCCGACCGCCGCGCCCCUGGGCGGGAGAGUGUGCCUGGGCCGGGGUUGGCGAAGCAUGGGAUGUGCAACUUGUGGUCGAUGCACUUGUCCUUUUGCCAUCCAGGGGAGCCCAGCGACGAGAACGGGUGACGAACUG